AUGGCAAACGUAACUAUAUUUAUUUUCUCAAUUUUGAUUGCUACAGCUCUAGGUUUUCAUAUAAAUGAUCAGAAAAUUGCAGAACCUAACAGCCGAGUUGCUGGUGGAGCAAACGCAGGAGUUGGCCAAGUUCCUUACCAAGUAUCCAUUAGAUCAAUUGAUGGACAUUACUGUGGUGGAUCAAUAAUUGACCAUCAUUGGAUUCUAACAUCUGCUAAUUGUGUUCAUUUAAAAUCUACCAAUCAAAUACUGGUAGUCGUCGGAACCAACUCCAUAGUAAAUGGAGGCGAAGGAUACAAUGUGGCGCAAAUUAUUGUUCAUCCAAAUUGGAACUCAAAUGAUUUCACCAAUGAUAUAGCUUUGAUAAAAACAGUAGAGUACAUAAAAUAUACCAAAUUGGUCCAACCAAUUAUUUUGGCAAAUAAUGAUACUUCAAUAGGACAAAGCGCAGUAUUGAGCGGUUGGGGCUCAACAAGUGAUAAUGGAGUUUUAUCACAAUUUCUGCAAACUCUAAAUGUAUUCACAAUUUAUGAGAAUGAUUGCGACUAUUUAGUCUCAAAUGUUCAUCCUAUAACUUCCAAUCAAGUUUGCACGUAUAUGGGGCAAGGAACAGGAGCUUGCAGUGGAGAUUUUGGUGGACCAUUGGUGUCUAACAAUCGCCUUAUUGGAAUAGCAUCAUGGGGUAUCAACUGCGCCGCAGGAAAUCCUGAUGUGUUUACUAAAGUAUUUUCUUAUCGUGACUAG